AUGGCUUCAGAUCCAGGGCUGGCUGCGAUGCUGCUAUGGACUAUAUCACUACAGGCUCUGGGCACAGGGGGAACGAACAGCAACGAAGCGAAUCUACUGGACACCACGACCAUCACAGGAGACUGGGGCUGGCUAGCGUAUCCCUCACACGGGUGGGAUUCCAUUAAUGAGAUGGACGAGUACUUCAGUCCCAUCCACACGUACCAGGUCUGUAAUGUGAUGAGUCCGAGCCAGAACAACUGGCUGAGGACGAUCUGGAUCCCCCGGGAGGGAGCCAGGAGGAUCUACAUUGAGCUCAAGUUCACUCUGAGAGACUGCAACAGCAUGCCUGGAGUCCUGGGCACCUGCAAGGAAACCUUCAACAUGUACUACUACGAGUCUGACAGAGCGGUGGGCUCGGCCAUACGGGAGAACCAGUUCGUUAAGAUCGACACCAUCGCUGCUGAUGAGAGCUUCACAGGCGUGGACCUGGGAGUCCGCAGGCUAAAACUCAACACUGAGGUGCGGGGGGUGGGCCCUCUGAGCAGACGAGGCUUCUACCUUGCCUUCCAGGACAUCGGCGCCUGCAUCGCCCUCACCUCGGUGCGGGUGUACUACAAGCGCUGCGUGGGUGUGAGCCGCAACCUGGCAGUGUUCACCGACGUGGUGACGGGUGCCGACUCGUCCUCCCUGGUGGAGGUCAGGGGUCAGUGUGUGGACCAUGCAGAGGAGAGGGAUACCCCAAAGAUGUACUGCAGCGCUGAAGGGGAAUGGCUGGUGCCCAUCGGGAGGUGUGUGUGCUCCGCUGGAUUCGAGGAGCACAGAGACUCGUGUGUGGCCUGUGAGGUGGGUUUCUAUAAGCCGGUGGCAGGCGAUGGCCUGUGUGGUAAAUGUCCCCAGCACAGCCACUCAGAGACCAGAGCCGCGCUGUCCUGCCCCUGCGACUCCAAUUACUAUCGAGCCGCAGAUGACCCACCUGCAGCUCCAUGCUCCCGCCCUCCAUCUGCUCCAGUAAGCGUAAUUUCCUCGGUCAACGGGACAUCUGUGAACUUAGAAUGGGAUCGCCCCCUUGAUACUGGAGGUCGCAGUGACCUGCAGUAUAGCGUGUUGUGUAAGAAAUGCUCUGGGGAAGGAGGGCCCUGCGAGGACUGCACAUCCUCUCCAGGAGGCACUGGUGGAGGGAAAGCAGGCGGAGGAGCGAGUAUUGGGGCAGGGGGAGGAGCUAUGGUGGAGCGUUCGGGUAGUGCAGUGGUUCGAUUCGUCCCCCGGCAGAGUGGGUUGACGGAGCCUUGGGUGACAGUGCUCAACAUGGUGGCCCACACCAACUACUCCUUCCGCAUCCUGGCCAUGAAUGCAGUGACGCACCUGAGCAACGAGCCAUCACUGUAUGCCCUGGUCAACAUCACAACAAACCAGGCAGCCCCCUCUGAAGUAUUAGCCAUCCGCCAGGAGAACACCAGUCAGAGCAGUGUGAUUCUGCGGUGGCACGAGCCCGACCAGCCCAACGGAGUAAUUCUGGAGUAUGACAUCAAAUAUUACGAGAAGGAUAAUGAAGAGCAGAGUUACUCCACACUGAAGUCUAGAAAUACCAGCUCCCGAGUGUCAGGGCUGAAGCCGGGCACCAAAUACAUCUUCCAGGUCCGAGCUAGAACGUCAGCAGGCUGCGGACGUUUCAGCCAGAAUGUGGAGAUUCAGACCGGGAAAGCAGCUCCUCUGCGCUACAACACCAUGACCAUCGUAUGGAUCUGCAUGGCCCUGGUGUCCAGCCUGGUCACAUUUCUGGCCAUCAUCAUCUGCAGGAAACGGCAAGGCUACACUUUACCACACUACCCAUCGCUGCUACACUGUGGCUACAGCAAAGCCUUCCAGGACUCUGAUGAGGAGAAGAUGCAUUACCAGAACGGCCACGUGUCAUUCCCAGACGCGAGGUUCUAUAUCGACCCACACACAUACGAGGACCCCUGCCAGGCGGUCCACGAGUUUGCCCGAGAAAUUGAAGCUUCCAGGAUCAAAAUAGAGAAAAUCAUUGGAUCAGGGGAAUUUGGAGAGGUGUGUUACGGUCGUAUGAGGCUCCCGGGGAAAAGAGACAUCCCAGUGGCCCUGAAGACCCUGAAGGCAGGAUACACAGACAAGCAGAAGAGAGACUUCCUGGCCGAGGCGUCUAUCAUGGCCCAGUUCGACCACCCCAACGUGAUCCGCCUGGAGGGAGUAGUGACUCAGAGCAAACCGGUGAUGAUCAUCACAGAGUACAUGGAGAACGGCUCUCUGGACUCCUUCCUCAGGAGACACGACGGCCAGUUCACCAUCAUCCAGCUGGUGGGGUUGCUGCGCGGCAUCGCGGCCGGUAUGACCUACCUGUCUGACCUGGGCUACAUCCACAGAGACCUGGCUGCCCGAAACAUCCUGGUCAACAGCAACCUGGUGUGUAAGGUGUCUGACUUCGGCCUAUCCCGAGUACUGGAGGACGACCCUGACGCUGCAUACACCACCAGUGGCGGAAAGAUCCCGAUCCGCUGGACAGCUCCGGAGGCCAUCACCUACAGGAAGUUCUCCUCCUCCAGUGACGUCUGGAGCUACGGCGUGGUCAUGUGGGAGGUGACGUCUUAUGGGGAGCGACCUUACUGGAACCUCACCAACAGAGACGUGAUCAAAUCUGUGGAGGAGGGCUACAGGCUGCCUGCUCCCAUGGGCUGCCCUGCUGCUCUGCACACACUCAUGCUGGACUGCUGGCAGAAGGAACGCAACGAGAGGCCGCGCUUUUGCCAGAUAGUCACCGUUCUCGACAAGCUAAUCCGCAACCCGGAGAACCUGAAGUCCAUGGACAUGCUCUGCAGUUUAAGCAGUCCUCCUCUGAUGGAGAGAGCUAUUCCUGACUUCAGUAGCUGUAACUCAGUAGACGAGUGGCUGGACACCAUAAAGAUGGGCCGCUACAAGGAGCGCUUUGCAACAGAGGGGUACCACACUCUGGGACACGUCAUAAGCAUGAACCAAGGAGACAUCCAGAGGCUCGGGGUGACGCUGAUGGGCCACCAGAAGAAGAUCAUGACCAGUGUCCAGCUGAUGAGGGUGCAGGUCCUCAACAAGAGUGUGCCUUCGGUGCACGUAUAA